AUGAAGAUAAACAGACGCACAUCAUGCGGCAGAAGAAGGUUAGCAACGCUACGGAUUAUUUAGCUAACGAUACAUGUAUUUAAAGGUAACAUUUUCCUCCGUGUGCUGCAUAUUUUCCGUCUCUAAGUCUAAUAAUAUCCAGGCGCUCACUUUGACUAACACACACUCUCAGGAUGGUGUCGUACAAGCUGCUGAACCCUGAAGAUGUGCAGUUUUCCAGUGCCGUUCUGUCCGAAGAGCCGGUCCGGGAAGAACAUCCAGUGCGUGAGCCAGAGGAAGCGUCGCUGCUCCCUCGGCGCCGUGGCUGCUCCGGCACCACGGCGCUGCUGGUGAUCGGCUGCCUGCUGCUGCUGCUCUGUGGAGGCUGGGUGCUGGGCACCAUGUUCUGGCUGCACCGUCCCUCCAGCACCCAGCCGUACAGACGUCCGUCACCGGCCUCUGGACACGCUCCAGACUCUCGAGUAGAAACGGGAGUAAACGACACUGCAGCAGCCGUUUCCCGCCGCGAGGCCUGCAGCUUAAUCCCCGAGGCGUGGAGGUUCGACUGCUACCCAGAGAGAGGGGUGGUUGUGACCCGAGAGCUGUGUGAGGCGAGGAACUGUUGCUUCAUCCCAGCAUCCUCUCCCUCCUCCUCUGCAUCCCGCCCAUCAGGGAGGAACGGCAUCCCGUGGUGUUUCUACCCCGAGGACUUCCCUUCAUACUCGCUUGUGUCGAUGAAUGACACAUCGCUGGGACAAAAAGGGACGCUCGUACGGGAGGUGAAGACCUACUACCCUGCGGACAUCCUCACUCUAGAGGUGGAGAUACGACACGAGACGGACUCAAGACUACGAGUCAGGAUUACCGACCCGGCUAAUUCUCGGUUCGAGGUUCCCAUCUCCGUUCCCGCUGCCACGAAGAAAGCAGACAGUCCAGAAUACAUCGUGGAGAUUUCCAAGCAACCGUUUGGUCUCAUCGUGAAGAGGAGAUCUACAGGAGCAGUGCUUCUGAACACCACGGUGGCUCCUCUCCUCUUCGCGGAUCAGUUCCUCCAGCUCUCCUCCUCCCUGCAGAGUCAGUUCAUCUACGGGCUGGGAGAGCAUCGAUCCUCCUUCCUGCACGACGUGCACUGGAACACGCUCACCAUGUGGGCCAGGGACGUGCCCCCCACGGAACAGACCAACCUGUAUGGAGCUCAUCCAUUUUACCUGGCCAUGGAGGAGGGGGGGGACGCACACGGCUUCUUCCUGCUGAACAGCAACGCCAUGGAUGUGGCCCUGCAGCCGGCCCCCGCCCUCACCUGGCGCACCAUUGGAGGAAUCCUUGACUUUUACGUCUUCCUCGGGCCUGAUCCUGCUUCAGUGAUUGGACAGUAUGUGGAAGUCAUCGGUUACCCAGCGAUGCCCAUCUACUGGGCUUUAGGCUACCAUCUCUGUCGCUGGGGCUACAACACGAGCGACUCCACCUGGGAGAUGGUCAAGAGCCUGAGGAAUUAUAAAAUACCCCAGGACGUCCAGUGGAACGACAUCGACUACAUGGAUCAGUUCAUGGACUUCACCUUUGACUCCAAAACGUUCGGCACACUGCCCGACAUGGUGAAAGAUUUGCAUGUUCAUGACCAGCGCUACGUCAUGAUUCUGGACCCCGGGAUCAGCAGCUCUCAGCCUGAGGGAUCUUACUGGCCGUACGACGAGGGGCUGAAGAGAGACGUCUUUAUUAAAGACGCCGAAGGAAAGACACUCAUCGGGAAGGUGUGGCCGGGUCUCACAGCUUAUCCUGAUUUCUCGAAUGAAGUGACUCAUGAAUGGUGGUACGAAAACCUUCUGAGGUUCCAUGAGAAGGUGCCAUUUGAUGGGUUAUGGAUUGACAUGAAUGAGCCGUCAAAUUUCGUGGAUGGAUCUACUAAUGGCUGUCCUUCAAACAGUCUGGAGAAUCCUCCUUACACACCUGGUAUACUAGGAGGUUUGCUCCGAGCCAAAACUUUGUGUGCCACUGCCCAGCAGAAGCAGUCCAUUCACUACAAUAUGCACAGCCUCUAUGGACUCAUGGAAGCUAAGGCGUCUGCAAGCGCCAUGAAGCGGAUCGUGGCGAAGAGACCGUUUGUGAUCUCUCGCUCCACCUUCCCCUCUCAGGGCAUGUACUCCGGUCACUGGCUGGGAGACAACAGGAGCCAGUGGAAAGACAUGUACACUUCUAUAGCAGGUAUGUUGACCUUUAACCUCCUGGGCAUCCCUCUGGUGGGGGCAGAUAUCUGUGGUUUCAGCGAGGAGCCGCAGGAGGAGCUGUGUGUCCGCUGGACGCAGCUGGGAGCUUUCUACCCCUUCACACGCAACCACAACGCCAUCGACAUGCGGCCUCAGGACCCCACAGCGUUCAGCCCUCUGGCUCGGACAGCGAUGAAGCAGGCUCUGCUGCUGCGAUACUCUCUCUUCCCCGUCCUCUACACACUCUUCCAUCACGCACAUGUUCACGGACACACUGUCGCACGGCCGCUCAUGUUUGAGUUUCCAAAAGAUGUGAAAACCUACGGGAUCGACAAACAGUUCCUGUGGGGGAAGAGUUUGUUGGUGACACCAGUGCUGGAUCCUGAAGUGGACUAUGUGGACGGAUACUUCCCAGAGGGUCUGUGGUAUGACUACUACACGGGCGACUCUCUGCACAGUCAGGGGGAAGACCUUCGACUGAACGCUCCUCUGGAUAAGAUCAACCUGCAUCUGCGUGAGGGCUCCAUUACUCCAACACAGGCGCCCAACCUGACGCUGUGGGUGAGCAGCGGGCAGCCGCUCCACCUGGUGACGGCGCUCUCUGAGGGCGGAGCGGCCAGCGGGGAUCUGUUCUGGGACGACGGAGAGACCAUCGACACCUACGAGAACAACCUGUACUCCUACAUCCUGUUCAGCGUCGCUCAGAACGUGAUGACGUCACAGGUUCUGCAUAGCAACGUGGAGGCAACCUACAUCACCGUGGAGACGGCCUCCUUCUACGGCGUGAAGCAGAAACCGAGCAGAGUGACGGUGAACUCCCAAGAUGCAACGUUCACCUACAGAGACAACCAGGUGUUAACAGUUGCAGAUCUCGGUCUCAACCUCAGUCAGAACUUCACCAUCAGCUGGAUGUUUUGAAUCAGACGUUUUUAUUUAAUUGUUGGUUUUAUUUGCUGUUAAAGUCUCAAGCUGGUACUCUGUACAGUCUUUAUGUUUUAGGGAAGUGAUGAUGUGUAGCUCUGUACUCCAGGACAGUGGAGGUUAAAGAAAGGCAAGGCACGUUUAUUUUCAAAGGCACAUUUCAGCAAUGAAAAAAUGCUUUAGAUUAACCAUAAAAAGCAGUGGGAUGAGGUGCAAGACAAUCACAUUAUAAAAUGACAUUCAAUUGGAAUUAAAAACCUUAUAUAAAAGAAGACAACCAAUAAAAUGGAUGAUAACUGGUUAACAUUUUAAUUAUCAUAUUUGUUUUGGGUGAAAAGACUCAAGGACCUUUUUUUUUCUUUUUUUUCUUGAGGCGUCAAUUUUAAACUGUCAAUCUGAUUUGGUUGCAAACACACUGAAAUCAAAGUUCAGAUUCAUCACUUUAACCUCUGAGUCAUUGUUUCAUGCCAUAAUGUGCUGGAGUACAGAGACAAAACAAGCUCUCUGUAUGUCAGAACAUACGAACUGAUACUCUGGAGUGAGUCAGGUCAAAACACACACACAAAGGCUGUUGAAACCACAACAUGCAGCCAUUGACCUGCAGUAGUCUGGACACUGCUUUCAAAUAUCUAAUGUAUUGCCUGUCAACACGUCGCUGAACUAUCCUCUGAUUCAAACCAAAAGCUUGUUUUAAAUUCUCAUCAGCAGAAGGAUUAUGUGCAAUACGAGAAAGAGAGGACGAUGUACCUUUCUAGAAUUGGAGUCUGAAUAUAUUUCAUGAUGUGCUUGAGUGUGUCUUUACAGCUUAUUGUUGCACUGAUUAAUUCUGCAGUGUUGUGAAGGUAGAUGCAGGUGCCUUAUGAUUCCUGUUUGUGAGCGUCACUGGGUUUAAAAAUGCUGCUGGCUGAUAGUACUUCUGCCAUGCAUGAGGAUUACUUUAAUGCAUUAUUGCAGAAUACUACAACAGCCAUUCAUGUUCUGCGUCAUGCUACUGUGAGCUUUCGCUGAUACAUUUCUGUUUGUGCAAUCUUUUUGCUUAACUUUGACCGUAAUGCUGUGAAAUCUGAUUUGAAUUUAUAGUCACAGAACAUGGCUGAGAAGAGCUUGCACCUUUUCAAAGCAGAUCGUCAAUGCAUUUGUGCUUUAAAAAAACAAAACAAAUAUUUCUACGCAUGUAAAAUACGAUGCAAAGUUUAUUUUACUCUGUUGUGUCAAGGUAACUGUUAUUGUGCCUCAAAAAAUGCAGUAUUUUUCAUCAAUUGUUGUUUAUUUUUUGCUUUUUAUGAACAAAAUAAAAGCUAUUCGAGCUCUAA